AUGACAUCAAAAUGCCAUAUACAUGAAAUUGCUAGUCAACAAAUGAAACAGCGUGCAAUCGGCCAACAGCAAUUAGAUCUUCAUCAUUUCAAUAAAUUAGCGAUUUAUCGUUUAAUGUUUAUGUCCUUGAAUCAUCAGUUCAAUAUUUAUGUUUCGAACGCAAGCAAAGAAGUUCAGGCAGAAGUUGUGGAGCUCUACAACGCAUGUGAGCUGAGCUGUGGUGUGAAACGCCGUUUUAUGAAGAAGGAAAAUAAUUUUAACGAGGAAAUACUUCACUUUUAA